UACGGAGUAUGUAUAAGCAAGAUGAAAGGCGGUAACCCUCGGCCUCCGCCCGCGAAUCCAUCUUUUCUGCCGGCCGAUCUCCGAUAACAAGCCCCAAAUCGCAAAAGCUUCACCCUCACACCAUCCCCGACGCCUUUCCUAGAUUCAAACCCCACGCGUAAACCAGAACAACACACCAAUGCUCCUCCGCCGACUCACCCCCUCAACCCUCAGCAAAGCCGGGGGUCCAGCUCGGCCCCUGCGCACACAAUGCCUUAACCUCACGCAUAACCCGAAAACCAACCGCCAGCAGCAGCACCAGCAGCAAACCCUCAAUCUCACGCGCCAAUUCACAACAACAACAACCCGCCCCUCACCCUCCCCCUUCCGCCUAACCAGCACGCCGAAUCCCAACACCAACGACGCCGAAUCCCACGCCGAAACCGACCCUCACGCAGAGAUAAACACCCGCUACAGCCUCUACAAGCCCAAGCGGCAAUGGCCACCCGACAUGUCGAAGCUGUCGCCGAAGCACCAAUUCCGGCUGGAAAGGAAAUACCGGCGGCGCGCGGCGCUGAAGUACGCUCGGCCCAAGUGGAGUAAGGCUACGAAGUUGGUGCAAUGGUUUAGUAUUGGGUUUGUUUUGAUCUAUGCGAUGUUGUUUAUGGAGUGGGAUGAGAGGGGGAGUCCGUUUGAUGAGAUUCGGAAGGCUGUCUUUGGAGGGGUGAAGGGGGCGUUUUCGACGCCUGCGCCGCCCAGGCCGGUUCGGGAGGCUGGCGAGGAGAAGGGUCGGGAGUGAGUGAGGGGGUCAAUAUUCCUGUUUACAAGGGAGAGGAAAUCAAAGAUGGAUGCCGGAGAAGAGGCCGGAAAAGAACCCCCGCAUACUGUAUAUUACCUAGUGCAUGUACAAGAAAGAUGGU